AUGAAGUCAAUAUGGAUGUUAUUAACUUUUCUCAGUCUGUACCGGUUAGUUGUUUUACCUAUCGUAACUUGUGUGGAAACAAUAACUGUCGGUACUGACCCCAAAACGAAGAAAACGAAUCCAUACAUAACGAAGUUUCACGAGGGAGCCGGAGCUAGGCCGACGAAAUGCCAAGGUAAGCAUACUUGUUUCCUAUUUAUUCGUAUUAAAUGAAAAGGACAAGUUUGAAACAAAUUUCUUUGCCCGAGUUAGUACGCUUUACGAGUCAGCACUUUUCACAGAACGCCAGGGUUGAGAAAAAAAGUUUUAGUUUGAACUUUGAAUAAUGUAUCUUUUAUAGCAACAUUUUCUUGCUGCCGCUAUUUUAAGCAGUUUUAAGGUUGCUUUACACAACAGCUGAGUUGUACAAUCUGCAAAUAGCCUCUGGAGGGUGCAAUUAAUUACCGAUCAAUGUGCUUUUUCUCCACACUGUUCUAAACUUUAAUUCUCUAUCACUUUUGGCAUAUUAAUAUGUUUCAAUACUUCACCAAUCUGUAAACGUAUGAAAAACUCUUAGCGUUGCUACAACUGACAAGAGAAAUGGUUCCUAUUUGAUUGUUCCUUUACAGUUUGUCGCCUUAUGGUGACAGAAUUUCUUGAACGAAUGAAAAAAACAGAUCACCGGGAGGACAUACCUCGAGGGUACAUACUUGAAGACCUAGAGGACCACGAGAAGAAUAUUCAUUACGAAAAAUCGUAAGUUGACUUCUUUAAUUUACAGCGUAGUUUAAAGAAAAAUGUUUCAUAUACUGCAAUCUGCAUGUGAAAUACCGUGGAUGCAUUAAAGAGCGCUUUUAUACCAAGCCUAUAUUUUGGUCGAAAGAUAAGACACAAAAGCAGUGAUUGUUAAAAUUGCCGUUCAUUAUGGAAUCAAAAUACGACCACAGAAAAAUGUACUAACCGUACUAAAACUUUUAAAUAGCCUUUCCUUAGUCCUACACCAAACAAAUAAGGGAGAGAAAUGAUCCAAAUAAUACUAUGCUUACACUCUCCCCAUCUGCCAGACUCGCUGCAUCUGGUAGAAAUUAGUUGGCUAUGUUACCGAGCGUGGGCGAGAACAAAUCCAGCCAGCGGUCAGGGCGAACUUGAACCUGGGAGCUCCGGAUUGUAAUUCCAGUGCUCCGACUGCUGGCUAGCCUACCUUUCCAAGUCGAUACAGCUGUCUAAUGAUGUUUCGUUGAUGUUCCCCGAUUAUUUUUUUAGGGAACUCCGACUGAUGGAUGUACUUGACGAUUUGUGCGACAGAAUGAAACUUUACAGCGCAAGGGCUGGGCCCGAAUUUCCUUAUAUUAAAGGAGGUAUGACCUGAAGUCAGCAGUUUAUAACUGAAAAUGUUACGUUGUGACAGAGUUUUGACUGCUAUGAGAUCAGUGUUUUGUCCCAUUCAUUCGCAUGCUUCCUAAGAAACCUGGUACUGAACAUUCCCACAUUGCACCGGGAUUAAUUGUUAGAAGUGGUAAAAAAGGAGACUGUAUAUAACGAGCCCACCAGUUACGAAGACACCACGGUAUAACGAAUGAUUUUCUUUCCCAGAGUUGCAGUAAAUUUUAUUGGUCUCGAGAUAACGUACUCCCAUCUUGAAGAACACAUUUUGUCAAUCGCUGGGUAUCCUUGUAUAAAUAUUAAGAAAUAGGCUUUUUUUUCCGCGCUGAAUCGAGUGAGAUAUUACACGAAGGCGAGUGAUAAUUUUUACUAAUAUUUUAUUAUGAUUUCAGCUAAGAGUCAGCUUCGCGAAGUAAUGGAUGAUUUAACAAAGAGAUCCAAAGUAAAACUUAAUUAUGAAUUGCCAGAUGACGUCAUCGAGGACUACACUUACGAGAUUGGAAGACUCAAAUUUAAGGUGAGCAGCAACCUAGACCUGGGGACGAGGUUGGAUGAACAGAUUUCAAAAUCUAGUCUAUCUUAACGGACACCUCUGUAAGAGGAACAUCUUGCUGAGGCAGUAGUCAGCAAGAAUAAGUCUUAUUUUCGUUGUUCUUCAAAUCCCUCAAGUGCAUGACUCUUGACUCACGUUGUUAUCUCCUAAGGGUAUGGGGUUGGACUUCGGGGCGGAGCCUCUUCGUAUAAAACUUCAGUCAGUACCCCCCGGGAGUUCCGACGGACACAAGAAGAGAAUGACAACGGCCCUCGAUCUUGCCGCUUUUUAGGCUUUCCAUUAUCAACCCCAAAGAUUUCUAUCAAGAGGCUACUUCUUCCCUUCCCGAGGGUAGUGGUUCGCCUAUAUUCAUCCGCAUGAUGUUUUUUAAUUUAGUGUGUUCACAUGCUUGAGAUACAUGAAGAGGACAUAACACAGUGGUAUUUUGGUGAUCAAAAGGAGAAUCUCCUGGACUGGCUAUGCGUUGAACGAGUUCUGGACGAAAAUGAACAAGGUAAUUAUAAAAGAAGGGGCGAAAUUCUUAGAUGGUUGCAAGCCAUCACUCAGUUAUUCCCAUCAUUAGAGCUGCGAUUCUUUUGGCCAGCGCCACAGGGGCAGGGGAAGCUAGGGGAAGAGGAUGUCCUUCAGGAUGGUCGAUCCGUCAAGUAAGUGAGGACGCGAACGAAAAUAACAUGGCUAGCCAAGAGAAAACUAGGUUAGAGGUGGAAAUAGCCUGCGAGAACAGCCUUCUUUCCUUGCUUCUUGUGAGGGGAGACGGCUCUACAGAAAUAGCCUCUUUCUGGUUCCCUCUUUGGUUAGUCGGUCGCUCUCUCCAGAUCUAUCCAGACUGCUUCAAGUCUAACUCCCAAAAGAUUUUCCCGCACACAUAUUAAUCUCAUCCAAAUUGGCGUAUAUCUUGAUUAUUUUCUAGACUGCCUGAGUGCCUCGACGGAAAUGCCAGCAGACUAUUACUCGUUCAUGCAAGAUAACAAUUCGUCUGAACCAGUCAAGCCAACAAUUCCAGCGAGAGAAGAAAAACAUUGGGAUUUAUAA